GAAAACAAGAGGUUUUCCGAGGACUGACAAUGACAGUUUGUUUAACAACAAGAGUUCCGUUGCCGAUACAGGAUUUACACAUAUUCCCGGAAUCAAUGGAAGCUGGACCCGGAGCCAGGGAAAUGUUGCAAUUAAAUCAGUUAUUAGACAGACCCCAAAUUAUUUAGCCAUGAAUCCUUAUGCCCAGUAUAAGGAUUUGGAUGAUAAUGAUAAUGUUUUCCCAGACAUGGAAAAACCUCCAGAUCCCGUAUAUCAAGAGUUACCUGCUUAUAUAAAUGGCAGAGACAAAAUGACAACUGCUCAACUGGAACCACCUCGGCAACGAACCCCUCAUGACCUUGAC